AUGGCCUCCAAGACCAUCCCUCGCGCCCUGCGCCUUUCGACCCGUGUCGCUGUUCCUCGUCGCACAUUUGUCUCGGCUGUCCGGGCUCGCCCUUCUGCUGCUACUGCUAGCGCUGUUCGCAGCCCAGUCGUUGUUCCAGCUCGUGGAAUCAAGUCCAUUGACUUUGCAGGCACCAAGGAGACUGUCUACGAGCGUGAUGACUGGCCUCGUGAGAAGCUCCAGGACUACUUCAAGAACGACACUCUCGCCCUUAUUGGCUACGGUUCCCAGGGUCACGGUCAGGGCCUCAACCUCCGCGAUAACGGCCUCAACGUCAUUGUUGGUGUCCGCAAGGACGGUGCUUCCUGGAAGGAGGCUAUCCAAGAUGGCUGGGUCCCCGGCAAGAACUUGUUCGAUGUCGAGACUGCUAUCAACAAGGGUACCAUCGUCAUGAAUCUCCUUUCUGAUGCCGCCCAGUCCGAGACUUGGCCCCAGAUUAAGCCCCUCCUUACAAAGGGCAAGACCCUUUACUUCUCCCACGGUUUCUCCCCCGUUUUCAAGGACUUGACCAAGGUUGAUGUUCCUACCGAUAUCGAUGUUAUUCUCGUCGCCCCUAAGGGAUCCGGUCGUACCGUCCGCUCUCUCUUCCGCGAGGGUCGUGGUAUCAACUCCUCCAUCGCCGUUUUCCAAGAUGUCACUGGCAAUGCUAAGGAGAAGGCUAUUGCCAUGGGUGUGGCCGUCGGCUCCGGCUACCUCUACGAGACCACCUUUGAGAAGGAGGUCUACUCCGACCUCUACGGUGAGCGUGGCUGCCUCAUGGGUGGUAUCCACGGUAUGUUCCUUGCUCAGUACGAGGUUCUCCGCGAGCGCGGCCACUCUCCCUCCGAGGCCUUCAACGAGACUGUUGAGGAAGCAACACAGUCUCUUUACCCUCUCAUUGGUGCCAACGGCAUGGACUGGAUGUAUGCUGCUUGCUCCACCACCGCCCGUCGUGGUGCCAUUGAUUGGUCCCCUAAGUUCAAGGACGCCUUGAAGCCUGUCUUUGACGAGCUGUACACCAGCGUGAAGACCGGCAAGGAAACUCAGCGCUCUUUGGACUACAACUCUCAACCCGAUUACCGUGAGCGUUACGACAAGGAGUUGGAGGAAAUCCGCAACUUGGAGAUCUGGCGUGCUGGAAAGGCCGUCCGCUCUCUUCGUCCUGAGAACCAGAAGUAA